AUGUCCACAAGAAGCUGCCUUUGGAAUAAGGUUUCUUCUCAUGCUAGGCUUCUGACUUGCUGUAGAAUUGCUUUGAAGGGCAAGACACAUUGUUUUCUUUGGUCCAUGGAAUUCCCAUUUUUUCACGGAAAGAUAACAAGAAGAACCUGUGAAGAGUUGCUGAGCAAGAAGAAAAAGAAUGGCAGCUAUUUAAUACGGGAGAGUGAGAGUGUGGAAGGAGCCUUGUGUCUCUGUGUUUUCUUUGAGGGCCUCAUCUACACUUACCGUAUCUUCAGAGAACACCAAGGAUAUUUUAGAAUACAGACUUUUGAAGGUGUUCCAGAGAGGACCUUCAAAACAUUAAAGGACUUAAUAUACGCUUUUGAAAAGCCAAAUCAAGGACUGAUAACUAACCUCCGCUACCCGGUGAAGAAACCAAAGGCCUUGCAAAGAAGCCAGAGGUUCAAGUCAGAAAUGGACAAUGUUUAUGAUGAAGUUGAUGACAGCGAUGAUUACGUUGAUGUCUUACCCUGAAGGAUCUGUGCCUGAUGGUUUCGGAAGCUGCCAUUCCAGGACAUGCCCCGGCACAGGGCCUCAGCUGGGGAGAGCUUCCAGCUGGGUGUCCUCUGCUCUAGAUCUGGAAUUACCUUCUCCUUUUGCAGACUGUCAGAGUAGCUUGUGGAGGAAUGGCUACAUGACAGGGGCCAUGUUCUGGACCAAGAAUCAGGAGGAUGCAGCUAAUCUGGGUCCCUGCACCUG